GCACAUCGGAUAUGGUUGAAUUAUCAACAAUAAGAUUGCUCGUGUUGUUAACUGCGUGAGCGUUCGCUGCACGAUCGGCUCGUAUAUGUUGAGCAAAUAAAGUACCAGAAUUGUACGCUGAACGUUGACUUGACGAAACACAGAUUCUCGAAAUGGCCGACAAAAGCUUUCAUGCCGUGGACUAUGUCGUGUUUGGUUUGAUGCUGUUGGUUUCGGCUGGCAUUGGUAUUUAUCAUGGAUGCACUGGAGGAAAACAGCGCACGACCAACGAAUAUUUGCUUGGAAAUCGGAGUAUGAAGACAUUUCCCAUAGCAAUAUCGUUGCUGGCGUCUUAUCUCUCCGCGAUAACUUUGCUUGGCGUCCCAAGCGAAGUUUUUACCUACGGCGCUCAAUAUACCGUAUUACUAUUCUCUUACUUCUUUCUAACGGCGACUGCUGCCGUUAUUUUCGUGCCGAUUUUUCAUAAUCUGCAUCUCACAAGUGCUCAUGAGUACCUUGAACUCAGAUUCGGCCUUGGAGUAAGGAGACUCGGCUGCUUCUUGUUUGUAUUUCAAUAUUUAUUGUAUCUUGCUGUUGUGCUGUAUGCUCCGUCAUUGGCUCUUCAAGCAGUUGCAGGUGUGCCCCUUGCUGCGUCGAUCAUUUCUACUGGAGUCGUUUGUACUUUUUACACCACUUUGGGUGGUCUGAAAGCCGUGGUGUGGACGGACGUUUUUCAAGCAACUGUUAUGGUCGCCGGUCUUAUAACUGUUUUUAUCGUAGGAACAAUUAAUGUCGGCGGGUUUGACAAAGUUUGGCAGAUAAACAAAGAAAGAGGAAGAUUAACAUUUUUCGAUUUUAAUCCUGACCCAACUGUUCGUAACACAUUUUGGACAUUGGCAAUUGGUGGUGCGUUUACGGCUAUGCCUCCAUGGACUGUAAGUCAGGCUGCAGUGCAAAGAUUUCUGGCUUCAAAAUCUGUUAAAGUUGCUCAAAGAGCGUUGUGGUGGAAUAUACCAGGUUUGAUAUUCAUUGUAACAUUUUGUUGUUUGGACGGUCUUGUUAUCUUUGCUGUCUAUUCAAAUUGCGAUUUGGAGAAAUCUCGAAAAGUUACAAGUAACGAUCAGGUCCUUCCCUAUUUUGUGAUCGACAAACUUGGCAAAUUGAUCGGUGUGCCUGGAAUUUUCAUGGCCUGUCUUUUCAGUGGUGCAUUAAGCACAGCAUCUUCUGGACUCAAUUCUUUGAUAACUGUCACGCUGGAAGAUCUUGUGAAAAAGAAAUGGACAAAUAUCUCUGACUUUGACGCUACGAAACUUUCCAAAAUGCUGGCUGUUGGUUAUGGUAUUGUCAUCAUGGUCGGGGCAUUUGGCGUGAAGUAUUUUGGUAGUCUUGUAUUGCAGCUUGCCUACAGUAUAUUUGGCAUCGUCGGUGGACCUCUUCUUGGAAUGUUUUUCUUGGGAGUUCUUGUUCCAAGAGCUAAUUACAAGGGUGCGUAUGUUGGUGCUGUGGUAGGAUUUGGUUUGACACUAGCAAUUGCUGUGGUUGGAAUGACCUAUCCUCCUGACAAAAACGUGAGCAGCAUUUCAAUCCAGAAUUGUACAGAUGAGAUCAGAGCAGAAUUUUUUAACGAAAGUGUGAAUGGAUUUUUUCCAAAUAGCUUUAAACCUCACAGUGAACCAAUUGCGAAGCUUGGAAGCUUGUCUUAUUUAUGGUACAGUGCUACAGCAGUCGCCACAACAUUUGUCGUUGGUGUAAUCGUCAGCCUUCUUUCUGAAACAAAGGAUGAUCGUUAUAAGCGUCCUAAUCCUGAGCUGCUCUUCGACAUCCCCAUGUUUUUCAAAUCAUUGUGCGGCAAAAAAGGAAGUUUGAUGAUAACCAGCGUUUCGUCUCAAUCUAUUGAUGGGCAAAAUGGAAUGUCCACAAGUCCAAAGAAAAAAAAGAACGAGGAAAAUGUUCAAAUGAACGAGAUGACGGACUCAUUGGUUCAAUAACUGUUCCUUUUUCACGUACUCUACAAUGACCGUGAAGUAUUAUGGGUCUACAACAUUUUUUUACACUGAUAUUUUGAUUUUUAACAAUUUUGGGAAGUGUAUUGUUUGUUUUUUUUUCUUUUAAAUUGUAGCUAAAUAUUGAAAUAAUUAAGACAAUUAAGCAUAUUUGAGCAGAUAUAUAUUAAAUACACUUGUUAUUAUAGAUUUUCAA